AUGUCGAAGUUUUCAUAAUUUUUAGAGGACAUCAGUGAAUUCAAAGAAAGGCCAGUUAAAUUAAAACAAAUAAAAAAGGUUCUUAAGAUUAAUGAAAAGAGCUUUCCUCCUUGCAAAAAUAUCCUAAAUUAUUAUUUCUAAGAAUUUUCAAAGUAGAUUAUAAUAGUAAAAAGUAGACGUACAAAUGAAGAACAUCGAACAAAAUGGCAUAGAAAGGAUAAAAUUUUAUUUGUAUGGACUGUGUUAAAAUAUUUUGAAUUCAUAAAUAAGAAUGAUUUAAACCCUGUAUUAUCAAUAUAAUAGGAUAGUCUGAAGAAGAUUGGCAUUAUUUAUCAAAUGUGUUAGGAGUAACAGAAUAACUAUUGAAUUUAAAAUGGAUUAGUAUGUUAAAAACUAAUUUGAAAAUGGCGCCUUGGAAUAAUGAGGAAGAUGAAAUAUUAUAAAAUAUAAUUACAGAUUAAAAUGAAAACAAAAAUUGGACUUAAAUUACAAUAGAUUUCAAUAGAAUAAAUCCAGCUAAAAUAGUUAGACAUGCUAAAUAAAUAAGAGAAAGAUGGAAUAAUUAUUUGAAUCCUGAGUUGAAAAAGUAAAGCUAAAUAUUUAAUUAGAUCUGAAUGGUCAUAACCAGAAUAAUUAUAACUAUUAUUAUUAGUUUAGGAGAUUGGUAAAAGAUGGUCACUGAUUUCGAAAAAAAUAUCAGGAAGAACAGAAAAUUAAGUUAAAAAUCAAUACAAUUCGAUGUUGAAUACUUAUCGAAGAUAAAAUGUAUUCAAUACAUUAAAUUUUAUAGUAAUUGGAUAAUGAAGAUAUAGCAAUUAAUAAAUUAUUGGCAAAUUUAUAAGGAAAAGAUUAUGAAGGUCCAUUACCAUUAACUAGUAAACGUAUAAGAAAAUCAGUAAAUAAUAAUAUUAAUAUAAUUCACAAUAAUAUUAAUAAUGUUACAAUAAAUUAAAGUAUUAAUAAUGAUUAAAAGAAUAUAUAAAUUGAAAGCAAUGAAAUAAAAGAAGAACAUUAAUAAGAUUAGUAAUAAUUGUAAUAACAAUAAUAAUUGUAAUAAUAAUAAUAACAAUUAUUAUCAAUCUAAUAACAAUAAUUAUUCAAUUAAUAAUAAUUAUAAUAAUAGUAGCAAUAGUAAUCACUUAUGCUAGGAUUACCUGUCUAUUCUCCUAUGAUGCCUUUCUCUCCAGUACAUUACUUAAUCUGUAUAUAUAAUAUUUCUAUUUUAUUAAGAAUCAAGUCCAAAUAAUAUAUCCUCACCUUAUGAAAUUAGAAAUAAGAAUUAUUCGAGUUAAUUAUAAUUAUUUGAUGAUUAUUUGAAAUCUACAAAUAAUCUUGAAUAAAGUGCCCCUUAAUCAGAAGUUCCUUGUUUAUUAAGAUUGUUUAAUUCGCCUGCAUUUAAUCAUUAAGGAUUUCCUUAUGCAACAAUGCCUUACUAAUAACCUAUUCAACAAUAGCCUACAUAUAAUACGAAAAAAAUUAAUAAAAUUUAAAAAGAAUUGUUAAAAUUUGAUACAGGAUUAAAUAGAGAUUGA